AUGUGUUUCGUCGAGCAAAUGCAUUACAAGUGCGGUCACAAGAAUCAGGGUAAGGUGAGUAAGUGCCGGAAGUUUCUGGCUGCCAAUGUCGGCCAUCUCUUCCUCCGGAAACCGGUGGAUUGCGGCAACGCCGUAUUGAUCCACCAUGACCUCCCCGGCAUCUGCCUCACCUGCACCGUAAGCCAAGCCAAGAAACUGAUGGAAAAGAAGAAGAGACGAGAGAUGGAGCUGCGGAAACAGGAGCAGCGGCGACGAGAGCGGGCGCAAUUCACCGCCCAAGCGGCCGCGGAGAAGAAGAAAAAGGAGGAAGAAUUGAUGCGGCGGCAGAGAAUGGAGCGGGAGCGGCAGCGGAAACGGAAAGAGAGAGGUCAUGCCAUGUCGAGAGAGGAGAUGGAGGCUCUGCGGCGAGAAAGGGUUGAGAGAGCGAGGAGGGAGAGAAACCGUCGACCACAGGAAACGCGAGACCUACCUGCAGUGUCAUCCACCACACCGAGCAUGAGUCGGCCCGGCAAUCCGAUUUCGCGCAGCAACGAGCACCACUUCCGACAGGACGGUACAGCAACUCUAAAGGACCCUCGGGGGCGGACACGGAAUGCCGAGACAAAACCUCAGGUAAGACCUCAGGUCGACACCCUUCCCGUUCAAACUGUGGCUGCCAGGAAGCCAGUCGUGGUGAAUCCUCCCGUCAGCGGAAUACCGCAACCGUCCCGUGCGAGGCUGGUCGCGGCUCCGUCGACCGGAGAGCAGCGACGAUCGGGGGUCGAACAGGGACCGCCGGUCCCACCAAAGGACCCCUGGCGCCCACACCAUCCGAGCCUGGCCCCGGCCCCCCUCAGCGUACCGCGAUCCCGACCGGACGGCUCCGCCGGCGCAUCCGCGGGUCAACCGAGCCGGAAGCCGGUCGGCCACAUUCGUGAAGGACCCAACACGCCACCGGCACCAUCCCAAAAGACGCAAGUCCCCCAGAGAUCGGUGACAGUUCCUGGCGGCGUGAGCAGCAGUAGUGGCGGCAGCAGCAGCCGAAGACUCCCCAGCACAGCAGCGCCCGCGCAGAAGAGCAGCCUGCCGGUCCCGGCGGGCUACAAGCCCAGCGCCGUGUUUGCUAACCGCCAGGGAAAUAAUAAGUCGGCAACGGCAACGGCAAGGACGCCGGCAGAGGCGGCAGCAGGGGCGGCGGCAUCGGUGGUGGCGAAGGUGAGGGCGAGGGCAAAAGAGGCCGCUGCGUCGUCGUCGUCGUCGUCGUCGUCGUCGUCGUCGCCGCCGCUGGUGCGCGGGAAGCAGCAGGCAUUACCAUCGGCCAACAAUACUGCGGCGGCGCCGCCAAAAGAGGAGAAGAAGAGCCGCAAGAGCUUGCUCAAGAAGAUGAUGAUUGGGUUGGGCAGCGAUGAGUCCUUCGAGUGGGUGUCCAAGGACGCUGCGCGGAUUGAAAGGGGCGAGUGA